AUGGAUGCGAAUUGGACUAUUUUCCCACACGUAGGAUUACGAUCCCCAAACCUGACGAACACCACAGUGAACCUUCAAGGAGGUUUCGAAAUAGACCUGGAAGAUACCAACUGGAUUUUGACUUCAUCCUUCAUCAUAUUUACCAUGCAAACAGGUUUCGGCAUGUUGGAGUCAGGUUGUGUUUCCAUAAAGAAUGAAGCUAACAUCAUGAUGAAAAAUAUGGCGGACAUUUCGCUUGGCGGUUUAACAUACUGGAUCUUCGGUUAUGGCAUGUCCUUCGGCGAAGGCACCUACUCGAACCCCUUCAUAGGAGUGGGAGAUUUUCUAGUGGACCCACCUGUAGGAGAUGCUCUUAUGGGUCCUGUGUUCGCCUCAUUCCUGUUCCAGCUGUCUUUCGCGACGACUGCUACAACCAUUGUUAGUGGAGCUAUGGCUGAGAGAUGUGACUUCCGAGCGUACUGCCUCUUCUCCCUCUUAAACACCAUUGUAUACUGUGUGCCAGCCGGGUGGGUAUGGAGCUCACACGGUUUCCUAAACAAACUAGGAGCUGUGGACAUUGCGGGCUCUGGGCCUGUUCAUCUAGUUGGUGGAGCUUCAGCCUUCGCCUCGGCUGUCAUGCUGGGCCCCCGCCUCGGCAGAUACGCAAAGGGUACAGAUCCAUUACCCAUGGGCAACCCGGUGAAUGCUGUAAUGGGCACCUUUGUCCUGUGGUGGGGUUGGCUCGCCUUCAAUUCUGGAAGCACCUAUGGGGUGAGUGGUGCGAAAUGGCAGUAUGCAGCUCGUGCAGCUGUCAUGACAAUGAUGGGCUCCUUCGGUGGAGGAUGCUUCGGUUUACUAUUUACAUUAGUUAAGAAUAAAGGAAAAGCCGUAGUCAUGGAUCUGAUCAACAGCGUUCUUGGGUCAUUGGUUUCCAUCACAGCCGGUUGCUUCCUUUACCGUGCGUGGGAAUCACUGCUCAUAGGAUUCAUCGGUGGGGCUAUAGCUUCAGGAAGCUCAGUCUUGUUCGAUCGCAUGCACGUAGACGACCCAGUAGGUGCUUCAGCAGUGCACGGCGCUUGUGGACUCUGGGGUGUAAUAGUGGUUGGGUUGUUCGCUGACAAUCCUAUUCCAAUGGAGACGACAAGUGGACGAUCUGGAUUAUUUAAAGGUGGCGGCUGGUACCUCCUCGGGGUGCAGUCCCUUACAGGCCUCUGCCUCAUGACCUGGGGCCUGAUGGUCACCAUGGCACUUUUAUGGAUCAUUGACAAGAUAUUGCCCAUACGCAUGGACCCGUAUACUGAGCUGAUGGGAGCCGACAUCACAGAGCAUCGCAUUAGACAUGGACAAGCAAAGCAGAAGAAAGGCAUCUUCAAAAUCUUCACAAACAAAGCCUUUGUUACCGAUAACAGUCAACCCAGUGCUUCCACCUUUAAAAAUGGGGGAUUUUUAAACAAGCGUCCUUGCAACACCGACAACGCUCUACAUCAAACUUUAGACUCUAUGGUCCACGAUCUUAACGGCACGAAUUUUAAAAAAGGAAGACUUAACAUCGCAGCUGUCCAGGUUGUUGCUGAAGGAUUUAAGGGUAGAAGAUAUAAAGAUUUGUCUCCGGCAGAAUUGAAGGAACUUGGUGAAGUAAAUGCCAGCCAAGACAGAUUUAGGUAUAGGUUUCAUGAAGAAGAUUAUAAAAAUGAUAUUGAUAGAAGUGCCGCAGACAAUAUUCGUUGGUUAGAUUAA